AUGGGCACCAGCCGCGACGAGAAGGAGACGGUCGUGGCCGACCACGCCGACGACGAUGCACUCCGAGAGGCCGACUUGGCGGUUCAAGUCGCCCACGAUGCCGACGGUACCGUGUACUCGCCGUGGUCGCUGCGCAUGAUCCGCCUCUACCUUGUCCUCUCGCUGAGCUACCUUUGCGGAUGCCUCAAUGGCUACGACGGCAGUUUGAUGGGGGGCCUGAACGGCAUGACAUCCUACCAACGCUACUUCCACAUGUCCACCGCCGGCUCGACCACGGGACUGAUCUUUGCCAUGUACAACAUCGGAUCCGUAGCGGCCGUCUUCUUCACCGGCCCCGUCAACGACUACUUCGGCCGCCGCUGGGGUAUGUUCGUCGGCGCCCUGCUCGUCAUCGUCGGGACGUGCGUCCAGGCGCCCUGCACGACCAGGGGCCAGUUCCUGGCCGGCCGCUUCGUGCUCGGCUUCGGCGUCAGCUUCUGCUGCGUCUCGGCGCCCUGCUACGUCUCGGAGAUGGCCCAUCCCAAGUGGCGGGGCACGCUGACGGGCCUGUACAACUGCACCUGGUACAUCGGCAGCAUCGUCGCCUCCUGGGUCGUCUACGGCUGCUCCUACAUCGACACGCUCGACGCCUGGCGCAUCCCCAUCUGGUGCCAGAUGGUCACCUCGGGCCUCGUCUGCCUGGGCGUCUUCUGGCUCCCCGAGAGCCCCCGCUGGCUCAUGGCCCAGGACCGCCACGACGACGCGGCCAGGGUGCUGGCGACCUACCACGGCGAGGGCCGGGCCGACCACCCGCUGGUGAAGUUGCAGAUGCAGGAGAUGAUGAACCAGAUCUCGACCGAGGCGUCCGACAAGAAGUGGUACGACUACCACGAGCUCUGGAACACGCACUCGGCGCGCCGCCGCCUCAUCUGCGUCAUCGGCAUGGCCGUCUUCGGCCAGAUCAGCGGCAACAGCCUGAGCUCCUACUACCUCGUCAACAUGCUCAAGUCGGCCGGCAUCACCGAGGAGCGCCGGGUGCUGGCCCUCAACGGCGUCAACCCGGCCCUGUCCUUCCUGGGCGCCAUCCUGGGCGCGCGCAUGACCGACGUCGUCGGCCGCCGCCCGCUGCUGCUCUACACCAUCGUAUUCGCCUCCGUCUGCUUCGCCGUCAUCACCGGCACCAGCAAGAUGGCCACCGACGACCCCACCCGGACCGCCGCCGCCAACGCCACCAUCGCCUUCAUCUUCAUCUUCGGCAUCGUCUUCUCCUUCGGCUGGACGCCCCUCCAGAGCAUGUACAUCGCCGAGACCCUGCCCACCGCCACCCGCGCCAAGGGCACCGCCGUCGGCAACUUUUCCUCCUCGGUCGCCUCCACCAUCCUGCAGUACGCCUCCGGGCCGGCAUUUGAGGGCAUCGGGUACUACUUCUACCUCGUCUUCGUCUUUUGGGACCUCAUCGAGGGCGCCAUCAUGUACUUUUAUUUCCCCGAAACCAAGGACCGCACUCUCGAGGAGCUCGAGGAGGUCUUCUCGGCGCCGAACCCGGUCAAGAAGAGCCUGGAGAAGAGGAGCGCCCAGACGGUACUGAAUACCGUCGGCGCCGCACAAAACGAGAAGCUCGCACGAGAUGUGUGA